CGCCCGCCCACCCGCGGCCCAGUGGCGGCGGCGCGCGGGCACGCUGGGGGCGGGCCGAGCGCGCCCGACUUUUCCAGAAGACCCGGAGAGCGCCUCGCGGCCACGCCGAGCCGGCUCCGCGCCGCGUCUCCUCCUCUUUCUCUGCCGGAGCAGCCAUGGCGGCGGUGAAGACGCUGAACCCCAAGGCCGAGGUGGCCCGAGCCCAGGCAGCGCUGGCGGUCAACAUCAGCGCCGCACGGGGGCUGCAGGACGUGCUGAGGACCAACCUGGGGCCUAAGGGCACCAUGAAGAUGCUUGUUUCUGGUGCGGGAGACAUCAAGCUCACGAAAGACGGCAAUGUGCUGCUUCAUGAAAUGCAAAUUCAGCACCCAACAGCCUCCUUAAUAGCAAAAGUAGCAACAGCCCAGGAUGACAUAACUGGUGAUGGUACUACUUCCAAUGUCCUAAUCAUUGGAGAGCUACUGAAACAGGCGGAUCUCUACAUUUCUGAAGGUCUUCAUCCCAGAAUAAUCACUGAGGGAUUUGAAGCUGCAAAGGAAAAGGCCCUUCAGUUUUUGGAACAAGUCAAAGUAAGCAAAGAGAUGGACAGAGAAACACUUAUAGAUGUGGCCAGAACAUCACUUCGUACUAAAGUUCAUGCUGAACUUGCAGAUGUCUUAACUGAGGCUGUAGUGGACUCUAUUUUGGCCAUUAAAAAACAAGAUGAACCUAUUGACCUCUUCAUGGUUGAGAUCAUGGAAAUGAAACAUAAAUCUGAAACUGAUACAAGCUUAAUCAGAGGGCUUGUUUUGGACCAUGGAGCACGGCAUCCGGAUAUGAAGAAAAGAGUGGAAGAUGCAUAUAUCCUCACAUGCAAUGUGUCAUUAGAGUAUGAAAAAACAGAGGUGAAUUCUGGCUUUUUUUACAAGAGUGCGGAAGAGAGGGAAAAACUAGUAAAAGCUGAAAGAAAAUUCAUUGAAGAUAGAGUUAAAAAAAUAAUAGAACUGAAAAAGAAAGUCUGUGGUGAUUCAGAUAAAGGAUUUGUUGUUAUUAAUCAAAAGGGAAUUGACCCCUUUUCCUUAGAUGCUCUUGCAAAAGAAGGCAUAGUAGCUCUGCGCAGAGCUAAAAGGAGAAAUAUGGAGAGGUUGACUCUUGCUUGUGGUGGGGUAGCUCUAAAUUCUUUUGAUGACUUGAAUCCUGACUGCUUGGGACAUGCAGGACUUGUCUAUGAAUAUACAUUGGGAGAAGAGAAGUUCACCUUUAUUGAGAAAUGUAACAAUCCUCGUUCUGUCACAUUAUUGGUCAAAGGACCAAAUAAGCACACACUCACUCAAAUCAAAGAUGCAAUAAGAGAUGGCUUGAGGGCUGUCAAAAAUGCUGUUGAUGAUGGCUGUGUGGUUCCAGGGGCUGGUGCAGUGGAAGUGGCGAUGGCAGAAGCCCUGAGGAAGUAUAAACCCAGUGUAAAGGGCAGGGCCCAACUCGGAGUCCAGGCGUUUGCUGACGCGUUGCUCAUUAUCCCCAAGGUUCUUGCUCAGAACUCUGGUUUUGACCUUCAGGAAACAUUAGUUAAAAUUCAAGCAGAACAUUCAGAAUCAGGUCAACUUGUGGGUGUGGACUUGAACACAGGUGAGCCAAUGGUAGCAGCAGAAGUAGGCGUAUGGGAUAACUAUUGUGUAAAGAAACAGCUUCUUCACUCUUGCACUGUGAUUGCCACCAACAUUCUCUUGGUUGAUGAGAUCAUGCGUGCUGGAAUGUCUUCUCUGAAAGGCUGAAUUGAAGCUUCCCUUGUAUCUGACUCUCGAAGACUCUACACAGUGAUCCUGAGGAAUACAGUUGUGGAAUUUUCGUCCAAGCUGCAAAUGAUUUUCAAAGGAAUUUUCGUGUCCUAUAUGAAAAAAAGGAGAGAACAAUAAUGGCACCUAUUCAAAUUCUGAAGUUCUGAAAUUAUAAUUACAGUAUUUUUUUAAUUGCACUGAAGUAGACAUACAUAAGCAGGACCUUUUUACCCAGUGAACAGGAUGUUUUGCUUAGCUGCAGUGACAUAAGUACUUAUGUGUUAGAUAAGCAUAUGUUAUCUACCUUGUUAUUAAAUAUUCCUUGGAAA